AUGGGGACACGUGUAACACAAUUCUCUUACCUCCACGCGCCGUCGUCACACAUGGCGGAGCAGUUACUGAAUCAAUUCAUCUCCGCAGUGAUAUCAAAGUCGAGACAUUUGAAUCAUUUGAAGCAAGUUCAGUCCUUUAUGAUAGUUUCUGGACUAAGUCAUUCACAUUUCCUCUGUUUUAAGCUUCUUCGUUUUUGUACGCUUCGUCUCUGUAAUCUCUCUUACGCUCGCUUUAUCUUUGAUCGUUUCUCUUUCCCCAAUACGCAUCUUUACGCUGCCGUUUUAACUGCUUACUCUUCUUCUCUUCCUCUUCAUGCUUCUUCAGCUUUCUCCUUCUUUCGUCUCAUGGUUAAUCGUUCUGUUCCUCGGCCUAAUCACUUUAUCUACCCACUUGUUCUUAAGUCUACACCAUAUCUCUCCUCUGCUUUUUCAACUCCUUUGGUGCAUACCCAUUUGUUUAAAUCUGGGUUUCAUCUCUAUGUCGUUGUUCAAACUGCUCUUCUUCACUCCUACGCUUCCUCUGUUUCUCAUAUAACUCUUGCAAGACAACUGUUCGACGAAAUGUCUGAGAGAAAUGUUGUUUCUUGGACUGCUAUGCUUUCUGGGUAUGCUAGGUCUGGUGAUAUCUCUAAUGCUGUUGCUCUUUUUGAAGAUAUGCCUGAGCGUGAUGUUCCUUCCUGGAAUGCGAUUCUUGCUGCUUGUACUCAGAAUGGUCUUUUUCUUGAAGCGGUUUCUCUGUUUAGAAGGAUGAUUAAUGAGCCUAGCAUUCGUCCUAAUGAGGUAACUGUAGUUUGUGUCCUCUCUGCGUGUGCUCAAACUGGUACGCUUCAGCUGGCUAAAGGGAUUCAUGCCUUUGCUUACCGUCGUGAUCUUUCUUCUGAUGUGUUUGUUUCGAAUUCUUUAGUUGACUUGUAUGGAAAAUGUGGUAACUUGGAGGAAGCAAGCUCUGUUUUUAAGAUGGCAUCCAAGAAAAGUUUAACAGCUUGGAAUUCUAUGAUCAAUUGCUUUGCACUCCAUGGUAGAAGUGAAGAAGCCAUAGCUGUGUUUGAAGAAAUGAUGAAGUUGAACAUUAACGAUAUCAAACCAGAUCACAUUACUUUCAUCGGUCUUCUCAAUGCGUGUACUCAUGGAGGUUUGGUAUCAAAAGGCCGAGGUUAUUUCGAUCUGAUGACAAACAGAUUCGGUAUUGAGCCAAGGAUUGAGCAUUAUGGCUGUCUAAUAGAUCUUUUAGGCAGGGCAGGUCGGUUUGAUGAAGCUUUAGAAGUUAUGUCCACGAUGAAGAUGAAAGCGGAUGAGGCUAUUUGGGGAUCACUGCUUAAUGCUUGUAAGAUACAUGGCCAUCUGGAUUUGGCUGAAGUUGCUGUAAAAAACCUGGUUGCUUUAAAUCCUAAUAAUGGAGGUUAUGUCGCUAUGAUGGCAAAUUUAUAUGGAGAGAUGGGUAAUUGGGAAGAGGCACGUAGAGCUAGAAAGAUGAUCAAGCACCAAAAUGCUUAUAAACCACCAGGCUGGAGUCGGAUUGAGAUCGAUAACGAGGUCCAUCAGUUCUACUCUCUUGACAAAUCACAUCCGGAGACUGAGGAGAUAUACAUGAUACUUGACAGUCUGAUCUCUUUCUGACACUUUUGGAAGGUCCUAGUUUCUCUAUAUGACUUGACACAGCUGCACUCUGCUUUAUAACAGCGAGCUUCGUGCGAAAUUGUUGGUUUGCAAUAUGUAUGGCUUCAGAGAAAAGCAGGCAUUUUCUUCAUUGAUCUACACAGGUUACAUACUUUGUUUCUGAUACACAAAUGCUGGUACGGUAAUUUUGUUGUACUGUAAGAAGAGGAACUAGUACGUGAUAAGCCAGCAAACAACAUGUUGCUUGAUUAGAAAGUAAGUCUUGCCAUUCCUUUCUAACAUGCUAUCACGUGGUUUCUUUCUGUGAUUCCAGCAAAAAACUUUUAGUUUACAGGUCCAUGGACAAUCAAACAUUCGAGAAGAGGAAGUCUCUUACGCCAAGCAUUAGUACUAUUUAAUUAUGAUCUUUUAGUUUUCUAACACUUUCCUCAUGUAUCUUUAUUGAGAAUGAUCAAUAAACAAGGCACGCAAUAUAGAGACUUUGUUACAGAAUAUAUUCGCGUGUAGAACGAGAUUACAUAGAUUCUACAGACAUUAAACACGGGUCUUGAUUCAACCAUAGUUCUUUUGUGACUAAGCAGAACUGACUUUGCCAGUUUGAUCCUCUUCGAACGCAAUAUCAACAACCCUUGGACCUUUGACUUUGUCUUGGGAAAGCUUACUGAUGGUAAUGGUGAGGCACCGUUUUCAAGUUUGGCCUUGACAGAGUCCAGAUCCACAUUAUCAAGCCUCUGGUGAUGACCUUUGUUGUAGUUUUCUUCUCUAUGAAGGUUAAGGUGCAAGUCUCUGGUGAAUAUAUAUAUGCGUGUAAUGAAGUGAAUA